AGAGGAAGAGCCCAGCUGAUUGGGUUUCAGUCUCUGCAAAGCAAAGAAGAGGGCAGGCAGUACAAUACAAGAUCUGGGAAUUUAGAUUCCUGUUUCUCUGGGACCUGGAUCCUCCACCUGUGGAGAGUUGACGUCUUACAGCUAUGCCUCUCUCAAACCCUGCCCCUUCUAACAAGAGGAAGACGGCCAGCAAGAUCAUCACUGACCUGUCCCACAUCAGCCAGAACGAGGAUGAACUGGACCCUGAUGCUGCUGAACUCGACCUGGGCACCAAAAUCAAGACGCCCAAGGACGUGAUGCUUGAGGAGCUGUCCCUGAUGAAGAACAAGGGCUCCAAGAUGUUCCAGAUGAGGCAACAGAGAGUUGAGAGGUUCAUUGUGACUAACGAGAACCUGCAGAACUUCCAGAACCUGCUGAUGUCCCCUCCUGUUGUUCCACCAAAGCCCGAGAAGCCAAAAGAAGAAAAAGUGGAAGAGACUGUAGACGAGGAGGCAGAGAGGGCGAAGAGGAGGAAGGAAUAUGUACGCACCUACGUAUCGCCAUGGGAACGAGCCAUGACUGACGAGGAACUGAAAGCCACCAUGAAGCCUCGCAUGCCAGGACCCAUCCAAGCUCAUCCAGACCUGCCUCAGUACAAAAGCUUCAACAGGACAGCGCUGCCAUACGGCGGCUUCGAAAAGGCGUCCAAGCUGCUGACCUUUGAGAUCCCGGAAAUAAACGCUGCCAGCGAAGAGCAGGAGCCUCUCCCGACCCUGCAGGCUGACAUCCGCUCGAGGCCCUCGUUCAACCGCACGCCCAUCGGCUGGGUCUGCAGCGACGGCAGCUCGCACAUCCCAGUGGACAUGGAGGUCCCCUUUGAUGGGGAGACGGAUGACCUGUGAAUGCACACGCAGACACGAGCAUAUUUACAGUCUGGGACAUGCACGUCCAAGACUUCAUAAGCACUUCCAAAAAUAAAGAACGCACCUCCAGGAUUCACGUCAGACAGACCGAUAACUUCAUGAAGUUAGACCUGCAAAGGUGCACCUAUUAAACACACAAAUAAUCCACUUUGACUGGAAAUAAAAAUUCUGACUCCCUCUUUUGUGCUGCUCUUCACUUAUAAAUGAGUCUAAGUUUGAAUACUGUGAGCUAACGUCAGACCAGGGUGAAUAGCAAUAGAUUAGCACGCUGCACUCUUAAAACAAUGUAAAUAUGCAAUAAAUGUCCUCCUGUACAGAA